GGAGGAGCCGUACACCUGUGCAAGACUGAAGGGGAGGAGUCUGUACACCUGUGCAAGACUGAAGGGGAGGAGCCGGUACACCUGUGCAAGACUGAAGGGGAGGAGCCGGUACAUCUGUGCAAGACUGAAGGGGAGGAGCCGGUACAUCUGUGCAAGACUGAAGGGGAGGAGCCGGUACACCUGUGCAAGACUGAAGGGGAGGAGCCGCUACACCUGUGCAAGACUGAAGGGGAGGAGCCGUACACCUGUGCAAGACUGAAGGGGAGGAGCCGCUACACCUGUGCAAGACUGAGGGGGAGGAGCAGGUACACCUGUGCAAGACUGAAGGGGAGGAGCAGCUACACCUGUGCAAGACUGAAGGGGAGGAGCAGCUACACCUGUGCAAGACUG